CGCUCCAACCAUUCCCAAUUUAAGAUCUCUCUCUGCCUAGUUUCUCUCUCUACAAAAUUCCCUUUCAUCUCUCUCAGAUCACCGUCAAUGGCGUUGGAAUGGGUAGUUCUCGGUUACGCCGCUGGCGCAGAGGCCAUCAUGCUCAUCUUCCUCACUCUCCCAGGCCUUGACCCGCUGCGGAAGGGCCUAAUCACCGUCACACGGAGUCUCCUCAAACCCUUCCUCGCCGUCGUCCCCUUCUGCCUCUUCCUGCUCAUGGAUAUCUACUGGAAGUACGAGACCCGCCCCACCUGCGACUCCGAUUCCUGCUCCCCAUCGGAGCACCUCCGCCACCAGAAAUCGAUCAUGAAAUCGCAGCGCAACGCGCUCCUGAUCGCGUCGGCGCUUAUCUUCUACUGGCUUCUCUACUCCGUCACGGGGCUCAUCGUCAAGAUGGAUGUUCUCAACAAGAGGAUCGAGAGUCAGAAGCGGGAAUGAUUCGGAAAUGAAAUUGCGCGUGUUUUUCUUAUGUUGGUAUUAUAUAUCUAUCUCUGUUACGGGCUGUUUUAGUGGUUAAUUGAGUUUUUUUGCGUCGUAAUUGUUAGGGUCCGUGUUUUCAUUUUGUUGUUGGUGUAUGCUUCAUUUUGAAUCUCAGUUGCAAUUACAUUUCCCUAGUUAAUAUUGAGGGAUUUACAUUUGAUGUUUCCUGCUA